CCGCUGCCCGCCGCGCGGAGGCAGUGCGGCGGCGGGCGCGCCGAGGCAACUGCCCGCGCCCUCCCGCGGCCAUGCCCGGGCCCUAGCGCCCUGCCGCAGCCCGCGCCCCGCGCCCGCCGCCGCCUCCUCGAUGGGCAACCUGCUCGGCGGGGCCGGCUUCCGCGAGCCCGCCACCGUGGAGGACUGUGACUCCACCUGGCAGACGGACUCGGAGCCCGAGGAGCCGGGCCCGGGCGGCGGGGGGGGCCCGGCGCGGGAGCCCGAGCAGCCCGAGCAGCCCGCGCAGCCCCGCGCCGGCGCCGCGCCCGACCAGGACGCCGCGGCAGCGGGCGCCGAGCAGGGUGGGGAUUCCACGGAAGCAACUGCCAAACCAAAGAGAAGUUUCUAUGCUGCGAGGGAUUUGUACAAAUACCGACACCAGUACCCACAGAACUUCAAAGAUAUCCGGUAUCAAAACGACUUGAGCAAUCUUCGUUUUUAUAAGAAUAAAAUUCCAUUUAAGCCAGAUGGUGUUUACAUUGAAGAAGUUCUAAAUAAGUGGAAAGGAGAUUAUGAAAAGCUGGAGCACAACCACACCUACAUUCAGUGGCUUUUUCCCUUGAGAGAACAAGGCUUGAACUUUUACGCUAAAGAACUGACUACAUAUGAAAUUGAGGAAUUCAAAAAAACAAAAGAAGCAAUUAGAAGAUUUUUCCUGGCUUAUAAAAUGAUGUUAGAGUUUUUUGGAAUAAAACUGAUUGAUAAAACUGGAAACGUUGCUCGGGCUGUUAACUGGCAGGAAAGGUUUCAACAUCUGAAUGAGUCCCAGCACAACUAUUUGAGAAUCACCCGUAUUCUUAAAAGCCUUGGUGAGCUUGGAUAUGAGGGUUUUAAAUCUCCUCUUGUAAAAUUUAUUCUUCAUGAAGCUCUUGUGGAAAAUACUAUUCCCAAUAUUAAACAGAGCGCUCUGGAGUAUUUUGUUUAUACAAUUAGAGACAGAAGAGAAAGGAGAAAGCUGCUCCGCUUCGCCCAGAAACAUUACACGCCUUCAGAGAAUUUCAUCUGGGGGCCACCGAGGAAAGAACAGUCCGAGGGGAGCCAAGCCCGGAAAACGCCCACCCCUCCCGCCUCCGCGCCCAACAGUCAGACUUCUAUGCACAAAAAGUCCAAGGACCCCAAAACGUCCUCCUCAGCAGCCCAUGUAAACAGCAAACCAGGGGAAGAGAAAAACGUGGCGCCUCGGGAGCCUGCAGAAGAGACAGGCAGACCCGGCACAGAGCCCGGCAGCGAGGCAGAGGACGGGAGUGCCGAGAACUCAGGUUCUCCAGCAGGAAAAGCAGGGACCAGUCCCGCAGAGGACGAGGGGAGCGUCUCUCCUGAAGACGAUGAAGCUGACAAUCCUCACAAAGACCGUGAGAACCCCGGAACUCCAGGUUCCCACGACGGUGGCCCGGUACCCUGAAUUGUCAGAAAACCCGCAAACUGGUGGAGGUAAGGGAGGAGAAAACUGUACAGUAACGUCCUGAAGAACGGAGGUCACGUCUCAUAUUUCAGCCAUCUGUUUGGGAUUUCUGUUGUAAGCAUUUUCUUUGCUUUUUAUUUUGGACGACAAUGCAUUUACUCUUUAAUGUGCAGUUUUAAGACAAGACCCCAUAAUGAAUGUAUUCUGUAAGACUUUUAGGGAUGUGAGCUCCCAAAUGCUCUACACAAUCAUUCCUUUUAAAUUAUUUUCAAUGUUUCCGAAAAUAAUCAUGCAGUAUUUGAUAGGUCAAAUGAAUUCUUUUCCAAGAUGACAGUCUACAUGCAGGAAAUCCAGAGAAUGAUUUCAUUAUGUUGCCAAAGCUUUGCCUGAUUUAUGGAUUAAUUUUUUUAAGCUGGAAGAAAGCAUUUGGUCUUCUCAAAUGUAGUCAAGAGUAAUUUGGAUUUUUUCACUGUAACGCCUCAACACAUUGAUCUUUAAGCUGUGACAAGGGAAAUGGAUAUUCCUGGAGCGCUGUUAUUUCCCCUCCCCAGUCCGCCGAUCAGACCUGCUGUUUUUUCCUCUCUCCCUGUCCACACCCACCCCUUGUGCACCAUCUUUGUCAGCCAGCGUGCAUGUUGCUAGUGUGCACCACGGUGUUCUCCUGCACUGAAAUUUAAGUGGAACAGAGGGACACUUCCAGCUGUAUGAGUUCAAGAAUUUGUUGAAAAUGAUGAAAAUGUUUUUCUGUAUUAAGGGCUUAAAAACAAAUUUUGAUGCAGAAGUCCAAGAAAAAAAGUUUGCCCUCUAUGUCUGUUCCAUAUAAAUUUGGUGCUUGUUUAUGAAAGCAAAUGACUAAAGAAUUAAAAAAUAAGAAAGGAAAUUAUUAUUCAUUUUUAAAAAGCAUAGCUCUGUCCUGGCCCCAAGGCAGGUCCCUUAAACCGUGAAUAUCUCAGUGUUACGUGGACUAUGAAAUUAAUAUUGCUUAAUUAAAAAAAAAACAACUUGGUGCAUCUCUUAAGUUGUCAACCCUUGAAAUGAGAACAGAAUUGAAAUUCAAUAUUCUCAGGUACUGUGAGCACUUGAUGUGUUAAUAAUAUUGGUUAGGAGCAAACAAUUUUAUUUCCUGUAAGAUUACUAAUUAUUACUGUACAUCAAAAAACAGAAACAUGGUGGUGAGAACUUCAAAGCGUACAUACAAAUAUAGUUAAAGCAAUCAACAGAAAAAAGUUUCACUUCAUUUCAUUUAGAAAGGAAUUGGCUUUUGUGUAUCUCUUAGGCUUUCACGAAAAGUUCUAUUCACUUUUGCCCACAGGGAAUUUUUACCGUGUCCUAUUUUUUAAUCGCAUCAUGUCAUCUUCUAUUGCUUUUACUGAUCAGAGGAUUUCCAGCAGAUUUCUAGAAAAUGAACACACUAAUAAUACACCUUUAGAAAUAGUUUUUAUUGCUUUAAAGUUUGCACGAAACUUCACAGUUGCUCAAACCUUUUUUCUUAUGAAUGUUAGUAACACUGUGUGUACCCUACUCCAAUAUAUAGAGAGCAUUUGCUCAUUUUUUGUUCCUAUGUCAGUUUUUGUGGUCUGUUUUCUAAAGUGAACCUUAGGAUUUGGGGAAAAAACUCUGCUUUUGCAUUUCAAUUUCUAUUUACAUAGACCCUCUAAUGUGGUGCUUGUUGAAGCCAUGACGCCCAAAAUAAAGUUUUACAGUGUUAGGAAAUGAGAUUAGUUAGUCACAAUGGUCUGAAUUAUAGGAAUAUGAAUAAUGUAAUUCAAAAUACCUUAACUAAUUUUGCACACAUGACAAAAUGUUCAGACUGCUUCCUAAAUGCAUAUUAAAACUUCAUGACCAGAUAUUAAAAUAUGAAUAAGCAGUGGACUGAUCCUAAAAUAAAUGGAUAUAAUCUGAAUUACUUAGACACUGUAUUAUAUCAGAGCCCUUAGAAAAAUUCAACAAUUUAACUCCUAGAAUAUUAUUCCAAACUAGGGGUUUGAUUAGAUUGACCCAUUUAAUUUGACAGUAUUUGGUCUUAAAUUACUCAAUUAUAAGGAAAAAACUGCCUGGCUUCCAUUUAAAACAGUGGCUUCUUUCCACCAUAUUGGUUUUUUUUAAUGCAUAUUCACAUAUAACAGUGAUUCCUAUGUUUAAUCUGUAAAUAACUUGUGAGAGAAUUACUCAGUGGAGAAAAAGUGAGAGAAUGUCAUUCCUUUUGCAGAUAAAAAUUAGGAGUGUCUAGAAUUGUUUUUCUAUUAAUACUUUGUACAUUUAAAAGUUUUUAAAAUAAGAUGAAUAGAUAUGUAUUUUAUGUAUGUCUUCAAUAUGAAACUGCCCCACUGGGUUUGACUCUGUUUUGUAUUCUUAAAAGCUAUCAUAUGCUUGCAGAAAUUUACUGAGAAGCUGUUAUAAAACUGCAGUGAAGCAUGGCCAAAUAGCUAGAAACAUUAUUGAAUCUUUGCAAAUAUAUAAACUCUGUUGUUGAACCAUGGACUGCUAGGAUACUAAAUACUGGCUAUCAGUAAAAUACUAACUUGAAUUUCACUGCAAAUAGGUGUUUUACCACUUGGUUAGCCUAGUACACUUCCAAUAUUUUUGUGCUUUCAUAUCUCUAAGGAGGUAAAAUAUGUGAAAAUAUUUUGAAAUACAGUCAAGUGAUGUAUAAUUUAAAGAUAUAUUUAUGUACAUUAUAGAAAAAGUUGGUAACAUCAGAAUAUUGUACCAUUAUACAUUUUCAUGCACAAUCUAAUGAGAGACUAAAAAGAAUCAUGGUAGAAGUCAAAAUAGAUCUGCUUUGUCUAAAUCUGGUCCAGUUUUCAGUUCAAAAAUUAUUUUGUAUAGUUCUAUUUUGAAUUUAGGUUUUUGGCUUUUUUUUCGGCUUCAAGAGGAAAAUAAAACCUAUAACUCAGGAGUCACUAAAGAGGCUUUAAGAUUUUUUGCUAGGUAUUAAAAAUAUAAACAUAAAAGUGCCAUUAACACCUGUCAUAUCAUUAUGUUGCAUUUUAUAUAAAAUUGCUGACUUUGCUUCUGGCUUUUAUACUUUAAGUAGAAGUUUGAGCUGAUGAAAAAGGAAAAACAGUAUAGUGUAAAGCUGAGUUGCUCUUUCAAAAAUCAUUUUAGUAAGUAAACUUGUGUUAAAGCGGUAAAUCAAAAUGGUUGAACUUUGGAUAGAGAGUAUUCGGUUAAUUAUUUUAAGUUAAAUUGCCCAAGUUCAUAGUGGAGUUAUGGUUGAGUUUGUAAUCUACUAACUAAAUCAGGCAGGUUUUUUGUCUUUCUAUAAUUGAAGCUCUUGUAAAAGCUUUAUUUUCUAACCCGAGAAGAGAAAGAUUUUUUUUUUAUCUCACUGAUUGUUGUUGCAUCUCGGGAUCUUUCAUGUCUGUUUGGAGUAAAUAGGGAUCUUUUGUGAUAGGAAUAGUUUUUAUUUUGUUUCCCAUUUAGGAGAUUCCCCUUUCUCUUUUGGGGUAUAUGUGUUAAAUAUAAGGUAGGCUAGAGUGAGAUAUGUUAGACCCAUUUCAAAUAUAGGUGCAGUUGUGGACAGUGAUGGCCUGGGUCAGUGUAGGAUCUAGAAAAUCAGAGGUGUACACAUAUGGGCUUCUUGCAACUUUGAAUUCUGUAGUGUGGGUCACAUGAACACAUCUGUGUGGUACCCUCUAGGGUGGCCAGGGGCACUGACUGGCUCUGUCCCUGUUCUGGAAAAUCAGCACACCCAGCAGACUGCAUUCAGGGACAGACCGUGUUUUUAGAAAUCCUUCAUUAUUAACUGAGUUAAUAAUAUAGUUAUAAAUACAAAUGCCUGGAGUGUCCAGAUGUGCCUUAACUAAUGUAAAGGGUUUUCAGAGGUUUAAAUUUUUACUUCAUUAUAAACUCUCACUAUAAAGAACGUUCCAAACCAUGAAUAUUAGUUAUUUUAAUGAAAUUUACUUGGGCGUUCUUUUGCUUUGGAGAAAUUUCCAUUUGUGACAGAUAGUAUCAGUUCAUAAGGAAGUGUACUUACCACAGUGUUCAACAUUGUGUGUUAUAUUUGACAAGAAGUCUUGACCUUAAGAAAGAUUAGCUGCCUUGUUACAUUUACUUAUGCUUUUGUUUAAUCUGCUUCAUGCUAUAAUUUUCAUUUUAAACUCUUCUCAGUUACUGUAUUAUUUGUGUUCUACUUGUUCUUAGAUGCAGAUGGAUACAGAAAAGGGAAAUCUAUUAGAGAAAUUAUUUAGAAGCUAAAUUCCAGUAGAUAGUGGGAGGAAUCUGAAUUUAAUUUGAAAAACUUUUAUAAUAGUCUUAUUAGAAACAUUUUAAAAACACGAUUCUUGCUCUUUUCCUAGAGGAGAGAGACUGUCUUGGUCAACAUGUAGUUUUUCCCAGAUCUGUUGGGAAGCUUAUUGCUUUAGUUAUUUGUGGGAAAUGAUUUCUUCAAAUGUUUGUUUUCUUGAAUGUGAGGUUUCCAUGCGGAGGCCACAAUUAAGUGCUUUGUUUUAUGGCCCAAACUCUGCUUGGAAGUAGAGUUCAGAGAGGAAGAGGUGACUAAAAUGAGUGUCGUGGAGUAACACAGGGCUCCAGUCUCUGCAGUGGCGUCGGUGGUCUCCAGACUGUCCUCUGGACGAGGGGGUUGGGCCUCAGGAUCUCUGACUUCUUAGGAAGGUGGGCCACCUUGAACUCCAGACACAAUUUUAAUGGGCAUCAAUUUUCAUAAAAUAUCUUCCCUAAUAUAUUUGCCACCAUUUUGUAGUUUAGGAAAUUGUGAGCAAUCGGACACUGCUAUGUAAAUUAUAGUUGAAUCUUUAUAACUAUCUUGGAAACAUUGGAAUAACCAAUUUUACCUCUCCUCCCCCAAGUUCUUCAAUCAAAAAUUAUUUUGGGUUCUCUCAUUGGUAAAUAUACAAUAGUCUUUCUGUAAAAUGGUUCAGUGAACUUUAAAAAUGCAGUGAAAGGAAAAAGGCAAUGCUCACUUGUUAUGCACAAAGGUCUUUUUUUAAAAAAGUAAGAAACGAUGAAAAUAGGUUUAAGCUAUGAAGCUUACCAAAUUUUCAUUUUUAAAUUAUAAUGGAGUUUGUGGAGCAGUUUUUAUUAACUAGGGAGAUCAGUUAUAUAAUAAGCUUUGGUCCUAAGAAGCAUUCAGGUUCUACACUCAUCGGUCAAAUAAGCAUUUUUUUUUCCAGUACUGACGGAUUUAGUUUCAUGUGUAGAAAAGCAAAACUUGAAUGAAACAAAAGAUUAGAAACAGUAAGAAGAAGCUCACUACAGAAACCAAGAUAUAAGCAAUAUAGGUUCAUGCAAGUGCCAGAAUUAUUGGAAGCAGAUGAAGAAUGAUCUAUAAAAACUGUACGGUGGGGACGUGCUUAGAAUCAGCUCCGUUAUUUGUGCCAAGGAGAUGAGGGAUUGGUGUGCAAACAGAAUCCCAUUAAUACCCUCAUGAACCGUGAAUCCUGCCUACUCCACAGGACACUGAAACCUUUCAGUAGACAGACAGAAGUGAUCAAAUGACCAGAUACCAAGUUUAAAUCUUUUGCCAGUGUGUAUCAUUAGCUGGUGGAUUUACUGACAGAAAGUUAAAGUGAGGGACUGGCUGCAGAUCGGAGGAGAUGUACUCUUAAGUUGCCUAUAUAUAAAGUAACCCCUGUACCAUCCAAGUUGACAGCAUAUUAAUCAGGCUACAACAAUUAAGAAACAAGAGAGCAAAGAGGUCCUUUUACAGGGACUUUUUCCCCUUUUUAUAAAAUGGGAGUUUGUUUCCUAUCAGCUCUUUAGUUUUACCUAAGAAGAUAGAUGGCCAAGUGGGUCUAGGCACUAUUUCAAAUGGAAACUGUGUGUCCUUUGUAUUUUAAGUAUUUGAGAAAAAUGGGUAUGAUUCUUCAGAAGAUGUAUGUUCACCUCCCACAUGAGCUUGCCCCUCCAGCCGCUGCUGGGCCCUCCCUGUGCUCUGUAUUCCGCUGCCGUGUGAAUCACGGAAUGCUGUGCGUGUCUGUGGGUACCAAUACCAUGUGUGUGUGGUAGCAGUUGUAACCAGUUUCUGGAUCUGUAUGGUACUAUGAAACACUUAUUUUAUAAUUCUGUAACUGUAUGGCAGUGUUAUGCCAAAAAUGUAUAAAGA